AAAAAAGAUUAAAAUAAAUAUAAAAGACAAAUAUAUAUGUAUAUGUACAUAUUUAAAUUAUUUUUGGCAAGAGCGACGAACAAGAUGAUAAUAUUAUACGAUGUUAAUAUUAUUUUUAUCAUUACAAGAUGACAUCGUGCGAUUAUAUAUCUGUGUUAUAUAAAUAAACCGGAAAUAAAAGCGAUCAUAAAUGAAGACAAGAAACAUUUUUUGCAAAACAUUUCAAAAAAUAUUAAUAAAAUAUUCAUUCAAUUUUUAAAAAUGCAACAAAAUAUCAAUCAAUAAAUUCCAUAAUUAACUCGAAAUUCGAGCACAUUCGUGGAAGCAAUCAUUAUAAUACUUUGUCUAAUUAAUUUUUUUUUUUCAUCACAAUGAUGAAAAGAAGAGAAAGUCAAAUAAUUCGCGAUGAUCACUAAAAGAUAAUCCACCGGACGACUCUCCUUUCUAUCUUCGCGGACUUUCGAUCACCAUGAAGUCCAGAACAUGCGAAAAGAAGAACCGUUCUCCGCGACAUAAACGGUGAAUUAUACAACAUCAACAUUUUCACCAUGCUGAACGUAAUGGCGACGAUGUCGACGAGAUUACCUCAAAUAGAGUCCACGUCUUCAUCGGUCCUCGUCAAUAACACCAUCGUUGUCACUAGUGCAACGACAACCACGACAACAACCACGAAUGUAACGGCAGAAAACCCGACGGUGGAGAACCUUCCCGAGAAUGUGAGUGUGCCGUGGAUGGUGAUCAAGGGCAUCAUCAUGGGAGCUAUCAUCACCACGGCGGUUCUCGGCAAUAUGCUGGUAAUCGCCAGCGUGCGGAGACACCGCAGACUCCGCGUGGUCACCAAUUGUUACGUUGUCAGUCUGGCAGCGGCCGAUCUGCUGGUAGCGAUGUGCGCCAUGACCUUCAAUGCCUCGGUGGAACUUUCGGGUGGCAAAUGGCUGUUCGGGGCGGUUAUGUGCGAUUUAUGGAACUCGCUGGACGUGUAUUUUAGCACCGCUAGCAUCCUUCACCUCUGUUGCAUCAGCGUGGACAGAUAUUACGCGAUAGUGAGUCCGCUGGAGUACACAGUGAUCAUGAGACAGAGUACUGUCGGAUGCAUGCUCGGCAGUGCUUGGGUUCUACCGGCACUGAUAAGCUUCAUUCCAAUCUUCAUGGGAUGGUACACGACUAAAGAACAUCUGGAUUACAUGGCGGAGCACCCGGGGAGCUGCGAGUUUCGAGUGAAUCUACCAUACGCGCUCAUCAGUUCCUGCGUGUCCUUUUGGAUCCCGGGCUUAGUAAUGAUCAUCAUGUACUGGAAGAUUUACAAGGAGGCGAUCCGACAACGCAAAGCUCUCAGUCGGACGUCUAGCAACAUCGUACUCAACAGCGUGCACCAUCAUCGCUCGUCCACCCGGCAUCAUCAUCAUCAGCAGAUGUUGCUGCAGGCCGCCGCCGAUACCGGUGAGCUAGCCCUUCACACGGCACAUUUCACGGUGCCCACGGAGCUCCACGCCGUUAACGGUACUUCGAUACGACAACAAACAAGAAGUUGGCGGGCCGAACAUAAAGCUGCGAGAACACUCGGUAUAAUUAUGGGAGCGUUUCUUCUCUGUUGGCUACCGUUCUUUAUCUGGUAUCUGACGACGUCGCUGUGUGGCGAGGCCUGUUAUUGCCCGAACACGGUAGUAUCGGUGCUUUUUUGGAUAGGUUAUUUCAACAGCGCCCUAAAUCCGCUUAUCUAUGCGUAUUUCAACCGCGAUUUUCGCGACGCCUUCAAGGACACGCUGAAGAGUGCCCUGCCCUGUUGCGCCAAUUGUUGGAAGACACCGUCGCAAUUCGUGUAGCGCGACAAGAUUCCCAGAAAUCUAUUUCUGAAAGGCAGAAUAAUUUCGCGCAAAGAGAGCGACGUCAGAAGUUACGCGAACAUGGAUAAGCGCGUGCAAGGUACGCACGAGAUCACAAAGGAUUUGUUAAUCUAUGCUUACUCUGUAAAUACGUCGAGAUGCCCGGUUAGCGCUAAUUAGAUGUAAUUAUUAGCGCGCCGGCACAUGUGUAAGGCUGUAAUAUAUGUAACGCGAGAUACUUAAAGCAGCUAGUAACGAGACCGCAUAUGUGUGUGUAAUAUUAUCGUAAUCACGAAACAAUAACGCCACGAUGGAUCAGCACGCAGAAUUUAUAAAGAGACGUUCAUCGUGCGCGCCAUAUUACAUGCCUGUAUAAAUGUACUAUAUAGCAAUAAAGUUGGGAGACAGAUUGUAAAUAUAAAAUAAUAUAAAAGCGUUUAGAAAUGUGUGUGUAUGUGUGCACGCGCGCGUGCACUACUUGUGUUUUUGUAAGUAAAAUGGAUAUAUUAUACACACAUAUUGGCGUCGAGUUUUGUGUAUCUUAUGUGUUGCUUACAUGUACACAAUAGGGAAAUUUAGUAAAAAACGUACCAGGGCGACAUAAUUAAAUGAGCACCUCUCUCAUUGUGUUCAAAUAUAUGUCAUUAUUUCUUUAAAUCAUAAGAUCUCGCAUUUUUAUUUGAGAAAAAAGAGAGAGAAGAGUGACUUAUUAUUUAAAGAAAUAAAAAUAUAUAUUUCAGACCAAUAAAGCGUCUGUGUUUACUUGUGCCAUCCUAGAAUAUAUGUACCUGUAAAGGUAUUCCGUCUUUUUUGUUAACAUAUUCUAUUUAUCCAUAUUUUUUAAAUCAUUGAAAAAUGUAUUGCUUGCAAUAAUUGUACUUGGAUAAUCAAAAGUUGUAAUAUCUUAUCAACUCUUGCUCUAUUAUGGUUUCCUUUUCAAUAAUAAAGAUAAUAAAAAUAAAAAUAAUAAAAACGUAAAAAAAUGUCUCGACGAUUAUAAAAUCAAAAUACAAGAAAAAAGGCCAAUUGAAAACAACAAUUUCAAUAUUUAAUUACAAAAUAUUAUUUUUUACUCACAAAUCUUUUAUUUACAGACUUAUUAUUCUUUUAAUGUUUUUUUUUUUUAAAUAGAACACACCGAUAAAUAUCUUAAAAAAUUAAUGCAGCACGGAAUACCUUUUCUGCAUCAAAAUGGUUUGUUUAAUCGACCGUCUCCAUCUGCUUCUGGAUGAUUAUUCGAUGAGAAAGAGAGACCGAGUGCGCAAGUGAGAGAGUGAAUGAGGACAAGAGAUUAUGCUAACGCGCACAGUUACGCGGACCGUCCGAGUAAAGACAUUAAUUAGAGUAAUUCGCUGGCACGCACGACUUUCUCGCAAUUUCUGACAAAUCAUAUUUCUUUGUUACGUUCGCUUAAUGAAAUCAUCGAAUGUCACUAGCAAACAAAUUUGCCAAAUUUAAAAGAAAGCACAUUUGCACGAUAAUCGGCAUCGAAGAAAAAAGACGCGAAAUAUUACCGAGAGACUAUUAGAAGAUUCUUAAGGUAUAAGAAUAAUCACAAAAUCGAUCGAUCAUUAUUGAUUAGUUGACAAUAAAUAAUUAUGCUAACGCACGGUUUUAAUCAAGUACUACAUAUGAAUUAAUUUCUACAUUAAUUAUGAGCUCAAGAGUAUCAGCAUUAAUAAAUUAAUAAGAAUGCAUUUCUAAUUCCUAUGCUUUAUAAUUAGGACACUUAAUUGUUGUAAUAAUAAUUUUUCUAAUUCAAACAAUUAAUUUCUACUAUGCAAAGAACAUAAUCGAUGUGCAUCCAAAAUCAGUGCGAAUUUGAAGCAAACGUGGUAAACUUUCAUUUUUUUGACACAAGUGUUCCUUUCUCAACACGUGUCAAACUUUAUUUUUCUAUGUAUAUAUCAUGAGAUUAGUUAUUAUCGUCGAGGCAUGUUUUAUAUCGGGCUUCCGUUCAAGUAAGUUUUAGCGGAUCGUCAUGAAUACGAAAGAAAAAAAAACACGCCUGAAGGUCCAUUCUCGCAUAUCCGAAUUGCGUCAAAUCCGAAAAUACGUUAACGUUAAAAAAGAUAAGGGCUAAAAUUAUACAUUUAAAAAAUUAGCAAAAUUAAUAUUUUUUAAAAAUACGAUAAAAUAUAAAACAUACAAUACUAAAAAAUAUAAUAUCUGAAAGAUAAAUACGAUAUUAUCACUUUUGUCAAGUUAUUAUUGAAUUUAUCAUUUUUUUCGAAUAUUUAUAUAUAAAAAUUAUAGAAAAUUCAAUAUAUAUUUAUACAAAAUAAAAUAUACACAUUUUUUAAUGCAUAAAGCAAUUAGUUAAUCUUCAUCAUCGAACUAAAAAUGCGAAAAUGGACCUUAGUAAAUUUUUUUUCUCGAUGCGAAAAAAGCCGUUAAUAAUUGAUAUUGGACGAAGAAACUCUCGAAUUUCUCACGUCGAGACAUUGUCAGAGGUGUUUCUGUCAGCGAUAUCAGCUAUUCGCGAAUAACAGAAGAGAUACAUUUUUUGGCCAGCGAAAUAAUCAAUCAAUAUCGUUUGUUCGUGCGAAAGCAAUGUUAAUCUGACAAUCUGUGUAGUGAUGCUGAAGAAAAUUUCAUCUUGUAAAGAAGCAAGAGUGUAACUUAAGUCGCGCGCUGUACACUGGGCCUAAAAAAAGCGUAGCGUUUAAACGAGCGAUUCUAGCGGUUCAUUGCAAUGGCAAUUUUAGAGCGGCGUAGACGUUUAAAAGUGUCUAGCGGCAAAUCAAACACACGCAGCAAGUAGAGUUAAGUGUGAAUGAGAAAACGCGAUGAAAGAACUGAUAUGUAGAUAAUUUAUGUAAAUUACGUGAACACGAGAAUGAGAAAUGGGAAUAAAGAGAGAGAGAGAGAGAGAAAGACAAAGCAACUAUAAGUGCAUCGUAUCGGAAUAAAAUUGACUCAACUGAAGUAUUUUGUACAAAUUAUAUCUUAUGAUUUUAAGUUUAUCUUAUAUAAAUAAAAUUUUUAUAUAUAAAAUAUAUACAAUUUUUAUUUUUACGUAUAAAAAAUAUCUGUUUUUUACUUUUUUCUAUAUAAAAUACAGAUUUUUUGGGGGAUAUUUUUCACAAAAAAUAGAUACUAUCAAAAAUUAAGAAAUAAGAGCGAAAGAUAAGAUAUAUAUCCUUUUCGUCAAACGAGCGUGAUUUAGCGAGUCAAUUUUGUUCCAUUAGAAUAUAGUAGCCAAUAAGAGAAAAAGAGAGAACACAAGAAGAAUGGAAAAUAAACGAUGUUAUAUUGCGAAA